CGGAGGCAGGAGGAGGCGCUGCUGGCCGCCGCGGUUGCCUCCGCUGCUGGGCGCCUGGGCAGCUCCCGAGGGUUCUGCGGCCGCCAUGGACGAGCAGGCGGGUCCCGGCGUCUUCUUCAGCAACAACCACCCGGGCGCCGGCGGUGCCAAGGGUCUCGGGCCUCUGGCGGAGGCUGCCGCGGCCGGCGACGGAGCGGCUGCAGCGGGGGCGGCGCGAGCCCAAUACAGCCUCCCUGGGAUCCUGCACUUCCUGCAGCAUGAGUGGGCCCGCUUCGAGGUUGAGAGAGCCCAGUGGGAAGUGGAGCGGGCGGAGCUGCAGGCCCAGAUUGCUUUCCUUCAGGGGGAAAGAAAGGGUCAAGAAAUUUUGAAGAAGGAUCUUGUGAGGAGGAUCAAAAUGCUGGAGUACGCUCUUAAACAGGAAAGAGCCAAAUACCACAAGUUGAAAUAUGGGACAGAAUUGAAUCAGGGAGAUAUGAAGCCUCCAAGCUAUGAUUCUGAUGAAGGUAAUGAAACAGAGGUACAGCCACAGCAAAACAGCCAGUUAAUGUGGAAACAAGGUCGACAACUACUCAGACAGUAUCUACAGGAGGUGGGUUACACAGAUACCAUUCUAGAUGUGAAAUCUAAACGAGUGCGAGCUUUGUUGGGCUUUUCAAGUGAUGUCACUGACAGGGAAGAUGACAAAAAUCAGGAUUCAGUUAUAAAUGGCACAGAGGCCGAAGUUAAAGAGACGGCAAUGAUUGGAAAAUCCGAGUUAACAGAUUCUGCCUCCGUGCUGGAUAAUUUCAAAUUCCUUGAAAGUGCAGCUGCAGAUUUCAGUGAUGAAGAUGAAGAUGAUGACAUUGAUGGAAGAGAGAAAAGCAUCAUUGAUACUUCAACGAUUGUUAGGAAAAAAGCAUUACCUGAUAGCAGUGAAGAUCGAGAUACAAAAGAAGCUCUAAAGGAAUUUGACUUCUUGGUUACAUCAGAGGAAGGAGACAAUGAGUCUAGAAGUGCAGGUGAUGGAACAGAAUGGGAAAAGGAAGACCAGUGUCUCAUGCCUGAAGCCUGGAAUGUGGACCAGGGAGUAAUUACCAAACUCAAGGAACAAUACAAAAAGGAGAGAAAGGGGAAAAAGGGGGUGAAGAGAAAAACUACCGAAGAUCUGUUUCAGCCUCUAUCCUAUAUAAAACAGUCAAAACAGGGAUGUGGGAGAAUGAAGAAUCAAAGCUCAGGGCCCAAUAGGUCAAAACUACAAGAUAUGCUUGCUAAUUUGAGAGAUGUUGAUGAACUUCCCUCAUUGCAGCCAUCUGUGGGUUCACCUUCCAGACCCACCAGCUCCAGGCUUCCUGAACACGAAAUAAAUAGGGCAGAUGAAGUGGAAGCACUGACCUUUCCUCCUUCUUCUGGGAAGUCCUUUAUCAUGGGAGCAGAUGAAGCCCUUGAAAGUGAACUGGGACUUGGAGAAUUGGCAGGCCUUACGGUGGCCAAUGAAGCAGAUUCACUAACUUACGAUAUAGCAAACAAUAAAGAUGCACUGAGGAAGACAUGGAACCCUAAGUUUACAUUACGAAGUCACUUUGAUGGCAUUCGAGCCCUUGCUUUCCACCCCAUUGAGCCUGUUUUGAUAACAGCAUCAGAGGAUCACACAUUGAAAAUGUGGAAUUUGCAGAAAACAGCCCCAGCCAAAAAGAGUACUUCUCUUGAUGUGGAGCCUAUCUAUACAUUCAGGGCUCAUAAAGGUCCAGUGCUUUGUGUGGUAAUGAGCAGCAAUGGUGAGCAAUGUUACAGUGGUGGUAGUGACGGACUGAUCCAGGGCUGGAAUACCACCAACCCCAACAUCGAUCCCUAUGACUCCUAUGAUCCUUCUGUUUUAAGAGGCCCUCUUCUCGGCCACACCGAUGCCGUCUGGGGCUUGGCUUAUAGUGCAGCCCAUCAGCGCUUGUUGUCGUGCUCAGCAGAUGGCACUCUGCGUUUAUGGAAUACAACUGAGGUUGCUCCAGCCCUAAGUGUAUUUAACGAUAAUCAAGAAUUGGGAAUCCCUGCCUCUGUGGAUCUAGUGAGCAGUGACCCAAGCCAUAUGGUAGCAUCAUUCAGCAAAGGAUAUACAAGCAUCUUUAACAUGGAAACACAACAGCGCAUUCUCACUUUAGAAUCCAACCUAGAUUCAACCAACUCUUCCUGCCAAAUAAAUAGGGUCAUCAGCCAUCCCACUCUUCCCAUCAGCAUCACUGCUCAUGAGGACAGGCACAUCAAAUUCUAUGAUAACAAUACAGGCAAACUCAUCCAUUCCAUGGUAGCCCACCUAGAAGCUGUUACAAGUCUAGCAGUUGAUCCUAAUGGCUUGUACUUGAUGUCUGGCAGUCAUGACUGUUCAAUACGUUUAUGGAACCUAGAAAGUAAAACAUGUAUCCAAGAGUUUACAGCUCAUCGGAAAAAGUUUGAAGAAUCCAUUCAUGAUGUAGCUUUCCACCCAUCCAAAUGCUAUAUAGCCAGUGCUGGGGCUGAUGCACUGGCUAAAGUCUUUGUAUGACACAAGCAUCAUCUUCACCUUCUAGCUCUUUAUAAAUAAUCAACUGCACAAAAGAGAUACAGAAGACCAGGGCAAGAAUCAGCCUAUCCUGCCCUUUGUUCUGCUGAAGGAGCACAGAGAACAUUUGUUAAAGUAUAGUUUUGCAAUUCGUAUACUGUUUUCUAAAAACUAAGGUUUGUUCAGGUUGCUGCAAGCUCAGCUGAAUCUGUGAGCCUGAAAACUGUUUCAAAUUUUCCCCCAAAUAGGAGCUUUUAUUUCUGAGGUGGUUCUAAUUCGCUAGGCAGGCCUGAGCGAACAUAAGUUUGGCUUGUCCCUGUUGAGUAAAUAGGGCAUGCUAUAAGGGAUAAUUAAAAAGCUUGAUGACUGGGAAUGAGUAGAGGAAGAACAAAAAUUUAGACCUAGUUCUCCCCUGAGAAAUCUUGUUAAACACAUUAGGUAUUCAAAACAGUGAUCUUGACCAUAUCUGCUGUACUAACCCCUAUGUGCAUAAUGACCAGGCAGUGUUCAAAUGAGUUUUUAAUUUAGCUCUCCUUUCAUCUGUGCACAUAAAGCACCUGGCAAAGCAUUCCCCCUAUUAAGGGGGAAAAAAAAGGAAAUGCAAUAAUAUGUUAAAUAUAUUAUUAUUCAGAAAUAUGAAACAAAUAUUUAGUUUGUAAGCAGAUUUCUAUAUUGUAUUACAUUUUUGGAAAAUAGAUUUGGUACCAUUGUAAAGUUUAGCUGUCAAAAACCAGUCACCAUUAUGAAUAGUUGAUAGAGUCUGCUUUUACUAAAGGAUUUAACUUAUUCAGGUUUGAGAUUCUGUUUAUUUUUAAGGGCAAGCAGGGCAUAUCUUUAUAAUAAUUUCUGUUAAUUUUAAAAAUUCACUUUAUUCAUGUGAUAUUUAUAGUAUCAGAGUGGUUAUCUCUUAUCAAUGAAAUCUUACCUUUCAGUGGUUUGAAAAGACGGAAGUUAUCUGUGAGUACUCAUUUGUCAAAACCCACAUACCAUGCUUCAGAUGACCUCUUGCUCUUUCUUUGUCUCUCAUAUUCAAAUUGUCUGAUAUCUGCCAAAACAGUUUAUAAUUAUUAUGUUUUAACAGCCCAAAGUGGUUAAUGUUAGGUACCUGCUUUUGCAGUAAAUCCAACUAUUUUGUACCCCAGAAGUCCUCCAUUAAUAUAUCUGAGAAUGGGAGCCCCCUGGAAAUCUGGAUGGAAGAGUACAGUGCAUAACCUUGGCUAAAGAGUUCUCUUUCUCUUUCCCUGCCCCUACCCCUCCUCCAUUCUUUAAUUGGAAUACACAGCAUGUUUUAAUAGAUAGUGUAUCAGUAUCGUUUCUGGGGAAAACUGUCGUAAAGGACCAGGCUUCCCUGAGCUCACCUAGCCUGUGACCCACAUGUGGCCAGCUCUUGGGAUUCCCACGACCCCACUCUUUGGACCUAAUGUAUAGACCUCAUCCCCACAACUGUCUCACCUGUCUUCACACUCUCUUGUUUGCCCCAAAUGUCAGAGACCAAUGUAGAAAUUAGAAAUAAAUUACUAAUGCCCAGCAUUUCAGCAAAAUGUAUGUAUAAUAGUUCUCAGAUUUUAAAAAUCCAUAUCCAUAAAUAUUUUAACCUUUUAAUAAAAUUACUACCUUCCUCUCCCCACGUAGUCCAUUGUCAUAACAAUGACACCUCUGAUGAUAGGUAUAUCUACUCCUUGAAAACAUAUUCUGGUGGUGUUAUGGAUAGUAAUUGACAAUUUUUCUUUAAAAUUUCUGUUUUCUGCCUCUAGAGUUUUGCAGUAUACAGGCAAAUUUUCUUUAAAGAUGUGUGUUAGGUUUGCCUGAUCGAUAUACAGAUAUGCUUUAAUAUUUUGACUCAGCUACCUUUUCAUUUCAUCUGUGCUUUGGUUAACAGUGAGCUCAAGGGACUCCUUUGUAUAAUCAAGUGAAUGACCUGGACUUGAGCUACCAGGUGAACGUUUAUAUUAUUCCCAUGCAGAUGCAGAAUUCCACAUUUUGUUUGGUGCAUUCCUCUUUUGGUUCUUCAAUGAGUGAAAAAAUGGUGUUGCUGACCUAACAUUUAUAGAGGGAUACUGGAAAAUUCCAGUCAGGUGUCCUUACUUGGCAUAUAUAUGACGGAUUAAGCUAUUGUUCUACCAGUUACUGCUUUAAUUACCUCCUAAGGUCUUCAGUGCCUGCUUUACUUAUGCCACUGAAAUUCUCAAAACCAAGACAUUCUCUUCCCCUGCAUUUUAUACCUCAUGGUUGAAAUUUUUCUGUUAGUGAGUGGAAAAUGACCAUGAGAUAGGUAGUGCAGAUGUUGGAACUGUUGAAAGUUCUUUAGCAAGCCAGUGCAUGCCAUUGGAAACUGUACACAGAAACAGAGAUUCUUCUCCACUAGCACUGUGUGAUCUCAGCCUAGAAAUGAGCCAAAGCUGUCUUCCAACCAGAUAGAAGCAUAGACAUGUGUCUGAUAUUCCCCCCCAGCCUAUAGAAAAUUUAAUGAACAUCCACAAAAUGAACAAAUUCAAGA